AUGUGGACAUUACUCUCUUUCUCAGUAGUGGCUGGUCCGGUCCUUGCGGCCUUUCUGCUCCUGAUCCAUUACCGGCAGAAUGAUCCUUUGCGAGGGGUCCCUGGACCGUUUUGGGCCUCGGUAUCGAGACUUUGGCUUCUACGCCAAGUGUACAGCCGAGAGCUUCACUGGAGGGAUAUCCAGGCGCACGAAAGAUAUGGCCCUAUAUACCGUGCAGCACCGAAAUACGUCGUGGUAAAUGAUCCGGCCUUUAUUCAUGAAGUGCACAAAUGGAACCGAUCCGACUGGUUCAUCACCUUGGAUCCUCAGAUUGGUUUCCAGAGUGUUGGGACUGCACGGACGAUGCACCAACAUAACACCCAACGCAGAAGAAUUGCACAGGCGUAUAACCCAGAUGCAAUGCAUGAGCUUGAACCAUUCCUGGACAAAUCGAUUCAAGAGUUUAUUUCCGCGUUGGAUACUCGCUUCGCCUCGACCGGAAAAGUGUGCGAUCUCUCGGAUUACAUUCACUUCUUCGCCUUUGACGCAAUUAUGGAUCUUGCCUUCAGCAACCGUGUCGGAUUUGUUGAGCAAGGGAAAGAUGUUAAUUCGAUCAUUGAAUCUCUUACGGAGCUCUUCAAUGUGACACGAAUCAUGACGACUUUUCCGGAGCUCCAAAGAUUCAUUAAUCACCCUUGGGUUAACUCGCUUCUCGGUACCAAGCCCACGGAUGAUUGGGGGCCUGGCAUGAUCAGAGGAAUGGCAAUUAACGAGGUGCGGCGAAGAGUCCGGGAAGGGAAUCCUUCUGGGGUCAAGGAUCUGCUCCAUCGAUUCCUUCAGUACCGCGACGAGGGGGGUCAGGGGAUUCCACAGCGCGAGUUGGAAGUGGAGGCGUUCACCCCAGUGAUUGCGGGCCCGGAAUCUGUCGCCACAAUUCUCCGCGUCGCAGUUGUCUAUAUCGUUAGCACCCCGCGGGUCUAUCGAAAACUGAUGAACGAGAUUGAAAGCACGGAGAGACUGGCCAAUGCCGCUGUCCCGGGUCCGGUCAUCUCUUACCGUGAGACUAAAGCACUUCCGUUUCUUGGGGCCAUCGUCAAGGAGGUCUUUCGCAUCCAUCCACCAAUUGGCACGCCCUUUCCUCGUGUUGUUCCUCCACAGGGAGCGACUAUAUGUGGACAGCCUCUGCCUGGAGGUACCGAAGUGGGCUUCAGUAUGUGGGCACUCGGAAGAAACAAGUCGGUCUUCGGAGACGAUGUCGACCUCUUCCGCCCUGAACGGUGGCUGGUAGAUGCGGAAACCGUGAACGCAUACGACAAGGCGAACCUUUGCUUCAGUGCCGGGUUGACCACAUGCCUGGGAAAACACAUUGCACUGUGUGAGAUCCACAAGGUGCUCUUCGAGCUUUUUCGCCAUUUCCAUAUCGAUUUGGCGAACCCUUUGCGCCCGUGUGUUACGGAUAAUAUUUUGACCUUUGUGGUGCAUGAUAUGCCGGUUCUUCUGACUGCAAGACAUAAGAUUGUGUAG